UGCGUUAAUCAAUCAUCGUCCUCCAACGAACAGAACCAUAACUCCACUCAUGUUUCACGACUGAUGUCUCCCUCCUUGUCCCAACAAUAGAAAAAUUCCACACAAAACGCCAACCAAAGUAUAAACAUUUUAUGCAAGAAACACACCUCGGUAUUAUGCUCAGCAGUCAUACCAAACACUAUUAAAUUGGAGCUUGAAUUUCACUGUUUUAACACUGAAUCCAUGCGCCUGUGAUAGCAGCAGCUAGAGCAAACACAAGCAUCCAUGGCUUCUUUUCAUCUUCUUUGCAAUACUUUUCAUUUCCAACCAUCUUGCAAUCUAUCAAGUAAAAGCAAUAUCUCUUCGUUUAAGCCCCGUGGGCCUUUUUCUUUUUGUCAACAACUUCAAUUUCCAAAGACCCCAGUUGUUAAAGCCACAGGAAAGAAAGUAGAGCUAGUGUAUGAUCCUGAUGGAAGGAUAAACAACUUGGCUGAUGAGGUGGAUAAACAGGCUCCUCUCUCAAGGCUCACUCUUUUCUCACCUUGCAAGGUUAAUGUUUUCUUGAGAAUAACCAGUAAGAGAGAAGAUGGGUAUCAUGAUUUGGCUUCUCUAUUUCAUGUGAUUAGUCUAGGAGAUGUGAUUAAAUUCUCUCUGUCGCCAUCAAAAAGUAUUGAUCGAUUAUCAACCAAUGUGUCUGGUGUGCCCCUUACUGAAGAUAAUUUGAUCAUUAAAGCCCUUAAUCUUUACAGGAAAAAGACCGGCACAGAGAACUUCUUUUGGAUUCAUUUAGACAAAAAAGUGCCCACUGGGGCAGGGCUUGGUGGUGGGAGCAGCAAUGCUGCAACUGCCCUGUGGGCCGCAAAUCAAUUUAGUGGUUGUCUUGCUACUGAGAAGGAACUCCAAGAAUGGUCAAGUGAGAUUGGUUCAGAUAUCCCCUUCUUUUUUUCUCAUGGAGCAGCCUACUGUACUGGUCGUGGUGAGAUUGUUCAAGAUAUUCCUUCACUAGUACCUUUGGAUAAGCCAAUGGUUCUCAUAAAGCCCCCACAGGCAUGUUCAACUGCAGAAGUUUACAAGCGCUUUCAAUUGGACAAAACCAGUCAAGCUGAUCCUUUAACAUUGCUAGAGAAGAUCUCAAGGAAUGGAAUAUCUCAAGAUGUUUGUAUCAAUGAUUUAGAGCCCCCUGCUUUUGAAGUUCUCGCCUCUCUCAAAAGAUUGAAACAGCGUAUAGCUGCAGCUGGCCGUGGACAAUAUGAUGCUGUUUUUAUGUCUGGGAGUGGAAGCACAAUAGUUGGGAUUGGCUCACCAGAUCCUCCACAAUUCAUAUAUGAUGAGGACGAGUACCAGGAUGUUUUCGUGUCAGAGGCCAAUUUCGUUAAUCGUGAAGCAAAUCAAUGGUAUCAACAACCUGGUUCAAGUUCAACAAUUUGUGACUCUCCACCUGAAUUUACCCGCUCUAUCGAGUGAAUUAUUAUUAUUCUCUUGCUGUAUAAAAACAAUGGAAAGUUGGGAGUAGAGAAAUCUUUGGACAGUUGAAGCUGGGAUGGGAUGGGAGGGAGGGUGCCAUCAGGAUAAAUGAAUAUUCUUCAAUGAGCGUUAUGCUCUAGUGAGUGGAAACCGUUUGUCAUCGCCUCGCCAAUUAUGAUAACAAGUUAAAUGUAAGGGAAGGGGGGGGGGGAAAGAGAUCAAAAGCAAAGGACCUUUGAGAAACUAGAAUGAUAUUCACCAACAAUCAACACAGGGAACCAGCACCAACAUCAAAUUCAAACACAUUUUGAGGUUUUCUUUU